GUGGUGCACCAACGGCCCGUCCGAUCUGCGGCCGUUCUAUCGCCCGCCGUGCUCCCCAGGAUCAGGCGUUUGCCGGUCACACACAGCCCUUUGGAUUCAAGGCAGUCGCGGAGGUGAUUAGCUCGGAGAAGGUGAAUGAGCGUCUCGAACGUGCCACAGUCAGGGAAACUGUCAUCCUCUUCAGCAAAAUGUACAGAACCAAAGUGGGUUUGAAGGACCGGCAGCAGCUCUACAAGCUGAUCAUUAGCCAGCUGCUGUACGACGGUUACAUCAGUAUCGCCAAUGGCCUCAUCAAUGAGAUCAAACCCCAGUCGGUGUGCGCCCCCUCGGAGCAGCUCCUGCAUCUCAUCAAGCUAGGGAUGGAGAACGAUGACACUGCGGUUCAGUAUGCCAUUGGUCGCUCUGAUACGGUUGCCCCGGGCACAGGGAUCGACCUGGAGUUUGAUGCAGAUGUUCAAACAAUGUCACCAGAGGCUUCCGAGUAUGAAACCUGUUAUGUCACUUCCCACAAAGGCCCAUGCCGCGUGGCCACCUACAGCAGAGACGGGCAGUUGAUAGCCACCGGAUCUGCUGAUGCUUCCAUAAAGAUACUGGACACAGAAAGAAUGUUGGCCAAAAGUGCCAUGCCGAUUGAGGUCAUGAUGAAUGAGACUGCACAGCAGAACAUGGAGAACCACCCAGUGAUCCGAACUCUUUACGACCACGUAGAUGAAGUCACGUGUCUUGCGUUUCACCCAACAGAACAGAUCCUGGCCUCAGGCUCAAGGGAUUAUACUCUAAAAUUGUUUGAUUAUUCCAAACCAUCUGCAAAAAGAGCUUUCAAAUACAUUCAGGAAGCCGAAAUGUUGCGCUCCAUCUCUUUCCACCCCUCUGGAGACUUCAUCCUUGUGGGAACUCAGCAUCCCACGCUUCGCCUGUAUGACAUCAACACCUUCCAGUGUUUUGUCUCCUGCAAUCCCCAAGACCAGCACACUGAUGCCAUCUGCUCCGUUAACUAUAAUCCUAGUGCCAACAUGUACGUCACUGGCAGCAAGGACGGCUGCAUCAAGCUGUGGGAUGGCGUCUCCAAUCGCUGCAUCACAACCUUUGAGAAGGCUCACGAUGGGGCAGAAGUCUGUUCUGCCAUUUUCUCCAAGAAUUCCAAGUACAUCCUCUCAAGUGGAAAAGACUCUGUAGCUAAACUCUGGGAAAUAUCCACAGGGCGGACACUGGUGAGGUACACAGGCGCGGGUCUGAGCGGACGACAAGUGCACAGGACGCAGGCUGUGUUCAACCACACUGAGGACUAUAUUUUGCUGCCGGACGAAAGGACCAUCAGCCUGUGCUGCUGGGACUCUAGGACAGCUGAGCGCAGGAACCUGCUGUCCCUGGGCCACAACAACAUCGUGCGCUGCAUAGUGCACUCCCCCACCAACCCUGGCUUCAUGACGUGCAGCGAUGACUUCCGAGCUCGGUUCUGGUACCGGAGGUCCACCACUGACUGAGCUGGCCCCAUCCUAGGGUUCUAGUCUCAGGACUCUGCCCUCCUCCCUGCGUCCUCACCUGCUGCGGAAGUGAGCAACUUGCACCGUCUAGCGGGGGUGUGGCCGCCUGGUUCCUGCCUCAGAUCUGUGUAUGGAAGCUCCUUUUUUACCUUGACGUAGACGCACGGUGGGAAAAGUUGUCCUGUUACAGUGAUUUCCGUGUGGUCUCCACAGCUUAGUGAGUCCAGGACUUGGCAUGGUCUUCAGCUCUCAUUCCUGGAGAAGGACAGCGUAUGGCCUCAGGGUCACACUUGUCACCUCUUGUGCUGUCCUGCCCCCUCUGUAUUUUCUUUCCAGAUGCAUUUUGACAACAUGAGGAGGGCUACAUCUCUGAGAACCCGGGUUCCAUGUGGAACCACCUUGCAGGGAUCCCAGUCCCAUCCUGAGAUGACAUCAUCCUGGCAAUAAAGCUCAGAUCUGCAACCUCACUGUUCCUCCUUCUUACGUCAAUCAAACAGAGGCUUUCUAGCCCCCUCCCCCUCCUGUCUUCCAUCCCUCUCGGUACCAGCAGUGCUUGCUGUUAGGAAUGGUGACUAGCCUGCAAGCCCAGUAGAGGAGGAGGAUCAGGAGCCUAAAGUCUUAGCUACAUAACAAGUUUGAGGCCAGCCUGGGCUACAUGAGCCCCUCUCUCAGAAAAAAAAAAAACAAAACAACCAAAUAGGUGCCAUAGCCCACACCUUAAUCCCAACUCUUGGGAGCCAGAGGCAGGUGGAUCUGUGAGAUCCUAGCAUGGACUAAAUAUGAGUUCCAGGGCAGCCAGAGCUAUAGAGUGAAACCCUGCCUCAAAGGAGGUAAUGAUCUGAUCUAUUCAGUCCAAGCCACAGGCACCUGCCAUCCCCAGCUGGGGUGUCCCAGCCGAGGGCCCCGGGGCCCUACGCUCCUGGACGGUUGCAGCCCUCCAGUGGAUACAUGUUUCUCUCAAAGUGCUUGGGACGCUGGCCGCGUUCUAUCUGUAUUAAGUCAUAUGCAGAUGGCCCUCUUACUAACACUGUCUGCUUUCUGUCAGGACCCGGGCAGAAGAGGUCAUUUGCUAAGCAGUGACCAGGCCCCAGGAGGUCACUCCUGAGUCGUGAGAACUUUGACCUAAAGAUCUGUUCCAGCCUCAGCCACCACUGGGGGUCCCUGGGUUUGUGGUGUUGUCCUACAGAGCUGUUUCUGGCACCUCAGGAAGUGUUAACUGACACUUUGACUUUGUGUGUUCUGGCCAGUGUUUGAUCCUGGCCACCUGGGGGCGCUACCCGUAGGUUAUAAGAAGGCUAGCGGACAGGGACAGCCAGUGCUGUCUAGGCAAGCUUUGCACUUGUUCCUCUGGCGUCCCUGGUGCUUUCUGACUGUGGCACAGCAGACUUGCCACCUGGGUUGUCACCCAUAUGCCCAGCUCGAGGUUCAGGGUGCUGCGGUGACUCGGGAAUUAAAAUAAUGCAGUCUCUGGGCCUGCCUCAGUGCCAGUAGUUUGAGGGCUCACAGGUGCAGGACGAAGAUGCUCUGCUCUUCUGUUUCCAAAACAGUUUCCUCCCCAAUCCCUCCUUCCUGUCUUCUUCCUCUCUCCUUCCUUUCAAAAGCCACAUUAGCAUUUGAGCCGUUGCACAUGUCUAGAAUAUCACACGCUCAUUCUCUUCACAGAACACCUCGCUAAUUGUACCACAUAACACUCUGGCAUUUGAAUGAAAAAUUUAUGUCUGGUCAGGAUAACCUACCCCUCCUAUGUUGUUUUUUAAAGAUGUGAUUUCUAAAAUAAAUUUUUUUUAUA